AUGACGGAUCUGGAGAGCGCCCUGAACAGCCUGGUCCAUGUGUUCCAGAAGCACUGCGGCUCACAGGAGGACCCGCCCCAGCUGAAGAGGAGCCAGCUCAGGGGGCUGCUGCGGGAGGAGCUGCCCCACCUCAUGGAACAGGCGUCGGAGGCCGCUCUGCACAGUGUGAUGGAGGCUCUGGACCAGGACGGAGACGACCUCUGGGACUUCAGGCAGUUCAUGACGCUGGUUACCACGGUGACCGUCUGCUGCCAUGGCUUCUUCCAACGUGAUCACAAGGAGCACGAGGUGGAGCACGAGGAGCACGAGGUGGAGCAUGAGGAGCACGAGGAGCAUGAGGAGCACGAGGUGGAGCAUGAGGAGGAGCAUGAGGAGGAGCAUGAGGAGCACAAGGAGCACGAGGUGGAGCAUGAGGAGCACGGGGAGGAGGGCGGCCAUCAUGAGCAGGAGCAUGAGAGCAAGGAGGAGCAUGAGGAAGAACAGGGGGAGGAGCAUGAGGAGGAGCAGGGAGAGGAGCAGAAGGAGGAGCAUGAGGAGGAGCGGGGGAAGGAGCAUGAGGAGGAGCAUAAGGAGGUGCAUGAGGAGGAGCAGUGUAAGGAGCAGAAGGAGGAGCAGGGGGAGGGGAAUGAGGAGGAGCAUGAAGAGGGGAAUGAGAAGAAGCAUGAAGAGGGGAAUGAGGAGGAGCAGGGGAUGGAAGUGUUGGUGAUGGAGCAGGAUGUGAGCGUGGCCCCGGACCAGGACCACGGGCACCAGGAGUACGAGAACCAUGAAUCGUCUCAAUAUCCAACGUUUGUGAAGACCCUUGGGGGGGGGCACGUGGCCUAUCCGUACCCAGAUAAUUGGGACUAUCUGGGGGUUACGACCGAGCCUUCCCCAGGACUGACCCACGCAGAGACACCCCCGCUGGGAACAGGUGCCGUAACCAGUGGAGGAGUGGUUCUGAUCACAGGGCUGUGUGGUCUCAUCACGGUGCUGGUCCUCUCUGUUCUGCUGCUGCUGUGGCUCAAGUACCGGAACACAGGCUCCUACAGGACCAACGAGGACCCAGAACCAGACCCAGAGGAGGACCAAGAAGAGCAGGAAGAGGAGGAGGAGCAGGAGCAGGAGGAGGAGGACCAGGAUGAGGAGGUGGAGCAGGAAGAGGAGCUGGAAGAGGAGCAGGAGGAGACCACUGCAGAAGGAACCCAGGAACAGCUUUCAUAG